AUGGAGAAAGCUUCUCAACCUUUGCAAGAGUUUGGUGGUAAAGAAGAUGAUGAAGAUUUGCUCACUCUUUCGCUCUCAACAGGGCCCAGGUCAUCAGCGCCAGCACCACCGUCGUCACCCUUCGUGCAAGAAACCCAUCAACUCAUUUGUUUGCCUUCGACGCCAGUUCCACUAUCACCACCAACUUCGUUUUUCCAACAGUUUCUCUCAAUCCCCCAAGCCCCGCCGCUACCACCUUAUCAUAACUACCAAACCCAUAGCCCUAACCUUAACCCUGACCACAAUGCCACAGUUCCUCAAGAGAUCGCCAGCACUUCACGUCCAUGUCGUUCCCGAAGAAACCCUUUUCAAACCCCAAAACAAGGGAAAACUGACACAGUCCCAGCACCUUACCCUUGGGCUACGACUCAACGAGCCACGGUGCAUAGCCUCGAUUACCUUCUAUCCCAUAACAUAACUACGAUCAGUGGUGAAGUCAAAUGCAAAAAAUGCGAGAAGAUUUACAAGAUUGAGUAUGAUUUGCAGCAGAAGUUCACGGAGGUUGCAUCUUUCAUAUCGAGAAACAAGUUGUCUAUGCAUGAUCGAGCACCGUCUGAUUGGAUGUACCCGACCCUUCCUAGUUGCGAAUUCUGUGGUAGCUAUCUGAAGCCUGUUCUUCCAAAGAAAAAGUCCAUAAACUGGUUAUUCUUGCUCCUGGGACAGAUGCUGGGAUGUUGUAAACUUUCAGAGUUGAAGUACUUUUGCAAGCAUACACAUAAUCAUAGAACCGGUGCUAAGGAUCGGGUACUUUAUCUCGCUUAUCUAGGAUUAUGCAAGCAAUUAGAUCCCAAGGGUCCUUUUGAUAUUUGA